ACCUCUAGCUGAGCCACUAGUCAACCUAGUCGAAACUCUCCAACAGAUGCCAGUUCAACAACCACAACUACCUCCAUCAAGAGCAUCCAAGAAGCAUCCCAGGUAUCUGAAGCCUAGAAUAAAAAUGCACUCCAGGCAUGUGAAGGGUAGGCAGAGACAAUCCAAGCCAGAGUUGCCAUCAUCAGAACAUCAUCCUUUCUCAGCAGCAUCAACACACCACACAUAUCCUACUCCACCAACAACACCAUUUGUUAAACAUGCCACAUAUACAAGGCGUGGACUUACUGGUGCAAGUAAAGCAAAACAUAAGCUCCAACUCUCCAGCAUUGAUGAAGAGUCACCAACAUUUGAAUCAUAUGGAACUGGAGAAGUUUCAAGUCCAAUGGCAGGCACCUCAGGAGUUAGACGGCAACUAUGGAAAGCAGGAAAGCAGGCAUUUGAAGGGGAUGAGGGUGAGGAGUAUAAUAUGAGUAGAGGAUAUGAUGAUAGCAGUGAUGAGGAGCUGUCUGGAGAUGGACAGGAUGAUGAUAAGAAUGUUGAACAAUUAUUGAAUGAAAGUCAUGGUACAACAGUUCAGAAUAUCCUUGAUCAAACUGAUCUAGCUGGAAAACAGGUAGCUGAUUACAUUAGAGGAUCAUUGAGCAAGGACAAUGACAAUUUUGAUGACACUUUUGGGCCAAGAGUGAGAGACAAUGCUUACUACCUGGGCAAUAAGUAUUUAACUUUUGGAGAGAAUGGUGAUGAAAUUGUGCUGACUGACCCUGUAGAUCAGGAAGAAAAGACCUUCACAGCUACAUUGGGACUUUGUGAGUUGAUUUUCAAGAAGAAUCCAAAUCGUGCAUUAGUUGAAUCCGCUGACAGACAGGCUUAUGGAGAAAUAUUGAACUGGACCAGUGUGCACAGACAGAACAAUGAUCCAAGAGGUGAGAUUGUUAACUACAACAAAGCCAAGUAUAAGAAUACAAUCAAACGCCUUUUGGAUGAUAGCAGAGAUGGUGGUCAAAGACAUUCCAAGAGACAAGUGACUGGGAGAGGAUCUAUUGCUCCAAGGCAUGAUUUUCGUAAGGAGAAAAGUCAGAAGAUCUAUAGAGGAAGAGGUGUUCUGUCAGCUAUCAAGGGAGCUGCUGGUACAAUAGUUAAUAAGGCAAUCAACAUUCUACCAGUUGAACUUCAUAUCCCUGGCUAUCAAUACUGUGGACCAGGAACAAAACUUCAGAAGCGAUUAGCACAAGGUGAUCCAGGAAUCAACAAACUUGAUCAGGCUUGCAAGGAGCAUGAUAUUGCCUAUUCCAAGAGUGGUGAUACAGCAAGCAGAGCAGUAGCAGACAGCAUCUUGGCAGAGAGAGCCUGGGACAGAGUGAGAUCUGAAGAUGCAGGGGUGUUGGAAAAAGCUGCAGCACUAGCAGUCACCAACAUCAUGAAGGCUAAGGCAAAAUUUGGGGGAGGUAUGAAAAGAUCACUGAAGGAAGUCAGCAGGGUGGCUGAGAAGGGGAAGAAACAAAAGAUUCAACCAUCAAAGAAAAAAUCAGUGAAAGGAGGUCGAGGAGGAGCUAGGGUCAUUGAGAAUGCCCAUGCUAAAUGUCCUAACAUGGAGAAGGCGAAGUGGAAGUCACUGAAAAUAUCCAUCUUCAAUGCCACCCUGAUCCAGAGCAGCACAGCCAUGCUGAUCCAGAGCCGCCCAUGGACAUCCCAAUCCAGCAUGUCCACCAUGGACACAUUAAUCUGGUGUGAUAGAGGUCUCCAUGACCAUGCAGAGUGA